AUGGCCUCUAAAGUUUCGGAUCUUUAUUCUUCUAAUGCUUGGAAUUGGCCGAAUGAGUGGAGGGUUUCUUAUCCGGGUCUUAAUCAACUUGAUCAGCUGAGUUUGUUGCCGAAUAGAACAGAUAAACUUAUGUGGCGGCAUGGUGAUAACUAUUUUGAAUUUUCUUCCUCGCGUGCUUGGGAAUCGGUCCGUCAUCAAGCUGAGGAGGUAGAUUGGAGUCGAAUUGUUUGGUUCCCUCAAUGCAUCCCCCGUCAUGCUUUUUUAAUGUGGCUUAUCAUGAGGCGAAAGUUGCUUACUCAAGAUAAAAUCUUGUCUUGGGAUUUUUCGCGUAGGAAGAAUAUGAAUAUGAUGUGCUGCUUGCUUUGUUAUGCCAACCACGACUCGCAUAAUCAUCUCUUCUUUGAAUGCAAUUUCUCUACCGAAGUGUGGCUUAAGGUUAGACUUAAAGUUGGUAUGGUUUCGGUUCAACCUAAAUGGAAUGACAUUUCUAACUGGUUGCUUGAGCAAUCUAAACCGAAAACGGUUGCUGGGUUCACAGCUAGAUUGGUAGUGGCGGCGACUGCUUACUGUAUUUGGCAAGAGCGUAAUUCGAGGUUAUUCAAGAACCAACUGCGGCCUCCGGAGACUAUAAGUGAAAUUGUUCUUCAACAAGUGCGAUACAAGUUAAUGGGAGCGAAGCUGAAGAAUUGUGUCAAUGUCCGAAAGCUUCUAGAGGAUUGGGGUAUCGAUGGUUCAGGUUUACGUGAGAUGGCUGCUGGUUAA